AUGUCUUCGUUUGGCACAUACUACCGUGUGUCUACUUUUGGCGAAUCGCACUGUAAAGCUGUAGGGUGCAUUGUGGAUGGUGUUCCCCCAGGUCUUGCCGUGAGUGAGGCGGAUAUCCAGCGCCAAUUGACUCGCCGGCGUCCAGGCCAAAGCGCCCUGACCACACCCCGCGACGAAAAAGACAAGGUCGAGAUUCUGUCUGGCACAGAGCGCGGCGUCACCCUGGGUACACCUAUGGGUAUGAUGGUCCGUAAUCAGGACCAGCGCCCUCAUGAUUACACGGACGAGAACCUUGAUGCCAUACCCCGCCCAAGUCAUGCUGACUACACCUACCUGCAGAAGUAUGGCGUGAAAGCCAGUAGUGGCGGUGGUCGCAGCAGUGCGCGCGAGACGAUUGGGCGCGUCGCUGCCGGUGCUCUCGCUGAAAAGUAUCUCGGUGACGUUCUUGGUGUUGAAAUCGUGGCGUUUGUCUCGUCGGUGGGCCAGGUGCAACUGCCCGCCUUCCAGUCCGACAACGAAGAAGAACCCUUGAGCCAAGAAUAUCUGGACCUUCUCAACACAGUGACCCGCGAGCAGGUGGACAAGGAAAACAUUCGGUGCCCCAACCCGGCGGUGGCUGACAAGAUGCGCGAGCGCCUCAUGGCAGCCAAGGAAAAGAGUGACUCGAUCGGUGGCACCGUCACUUGUGUGAUCCGUCAUGUGCCUAUCGGUUUGGGGGAGCCUUCGUUCGACAAAUUCGAAGCAAAGCUUGCCCAUGCUAUGCUGAGCAUUCCCGCGACAAAAGGCUUUGAAAUUGGCUCAGGCUUCCGUGGAACAUGUGUGCCAGGUAGCAAGCACAACGAUCCAUUUGUGAAGAAGGCGGAUGGAUCGCUGGGCACAUCGACCAACUGGAGCGGCGGCAUCCAGGGUGGUAUUUCCAAUGGUGAAAACAUCUACUUCCGAGUGGCUUUUAAACCCCCUGCUACGAUCUCGCAGGAGCAGCAGACGGCCCGCUACGAUGGAGAGCCUGGUGUGCUGGAAAACCGCGGCAGGCACGAUCCAUGCGUCGUACCACGCGCUGUGCCCAUUGUGGAGUCCAUGGCAGCUCUAGUGGUCAUGGACAUGUACCUGGGCCAGUGCGCGCGUGACAAGGCGGCCAGCGGUAUCAACCCGGCCGCCGUGGCUGCAUUGCCCAAGAGCAUGAAGAAGCACGAUCAUCCUUCUGCCUAA